AUGGCCCCGCCGCAGAAAAAGAGCUCCCGACAGUCCGCUCCUACCACCAUACUCGCCCUCAGCGACGACCUCCUGCGCGAGGUGUUCCUCCGCCUCCCCUCCCUCCCGAGCCUCGUCCGCGCCGCUCUCGCCUGCCCCGCCUUCCUCCGCGCCGUCCGUUCGUCCCCCGCCUUCCGCCGCCGCUUCCGCGACCUCCACUCGCCCACCAUCCUCGGCGCAUUUCUCGUCGACGAAGACACCCCCAUGUCCACCUUCGCGCCCGUCCGUCUCCGCGACCGGCGCUCCGACCCGGACCACGCCGCCGCCCUCCGCGGCCUCGAUGCCUUCCUUACCCGUCUUCCUGAUGCCAUCGACGUCAAAAAGGACGACGGCGAGGACUGGACAAUGUCUGCGUGCUGCGAUGGGUACGUCCUUCUCGUCACGCCGCAAUGGAACACCAAGAAGGUGGCCGUCUACGAUCCCCUCACAGGGGCCCUGCAUCUCUUCCCCGGCCCGCCCGAUGAGGUGUUCGGCGGACAAUCCGAAUACACCGCAGCUGAGUUCCACGUGAUCCCCUCCGAAGCCGAUGACCGGUCGUUUCGCGUGCUCUGCGUCCCCAAGGAAGAUGGGGGAAAGCAGAUCGCCAUCUUGUCACCCGACACCAGGGAGUGGCAGAUUUCCCCAACACCGUGGAGCCUCCAGGAUGCAGACAAUGUUAAGCUAGCGAGGAACGGGCUCGUUUACUGGGCAUCUUCAGACCAAGACAGUAUCCCUGUGCUGAACACUGCAACAAUGCAAUUCUCCCAAACUGGCAUGCCGCCAACUGUGCCUUCCUGUGUCUUAGGUGAGACCAAGGAUGGGAAUCUCUGUUUGGCUCGCGCAUAUGACGAUAACCUUGAGCUGUUGGUUUGGGUCCUAAGAGCCGGCGUCGAUAAAUGGAGGAACAGGGCAUUUCAGAUGGUGGAUGCGAAUGCGAUGGAUAAGCUCGCUCUGAACAUUGUAGACGAGUGUCCUUCGCUGAAUGUCGUGGCUAUUGUCACUGGCGUCGUGUAUUUGACUAUUCAUCAGAACCAGCCUCCUAACUGGCUCAUAUCCUUCUGCAUUGAAACAAGGGAGCUACAGAAGCUCUGCCGGAUCACUACCUCCGAGUUCUGCUAUCCCUACAUCAUGGCGUGGCCUCCCUCUUUGUUACCCAGGAAGACAACCGCCUUAUCCAGUUAAAAGUAUGACUGAGCUGCCCGAAACUACAUAGCUUGAAUGGUUAGAAACUGGAAUGCAAGGUUACUGUAGGUGCUACAGCAUGCUGGUCUUGUUGAUCCACAAGGAGAAUCUGAACUAUCUUCAGCUAUAACUUGUAUCUGUUUGUGGAACUUCCUUAGAACUGUCAAGCGGCAAGCAAAUAUGUAAUGAUGCCAUGAUGUUGUUGAACUAUCUUCAGCUAUAACUUGUAUCUGUUUGUGGAACUUCCUUAGAACUUCAAUGAAACAACGGAUGAUGAUGUUGA